CAAUUUUAUUCUGAAAUUUGUAAACUAAGUUUACUUCUGCUUCUGCUUCUGCUGUGACUGUACACACACCUAGCGUACACACCUAACUUGAAGAAAAAAUGUCUACACUACAGUAACAACAUGUGAACAAGAUAAAAUAUUUUUAUUAAAACGAUCAGAAUAACUAUCAGAACAUUAUAAACACAAAUUAUGUAUGUGGCGUGGCAGAAAGUAGUGCGUUGGUAGCAUUGUAUAAACAGCUGAGCAGCGACGAAGUUAAAAGUCAACACAUUUCUGCUUUUCUGCUAGUGCUUUAUAGGUGUUUGACGUCGAAACUAAUAUGUUUCAUGUCUAAGGUUUCAAAGUAAAGGUCUCAGAGAUGGAUUUUGAUGUAAAGUAUUCUGAAAACUUCCAAAGUUUAUGAAAGUCAUCAUGAAUCUCCAUCAUCUAAUAAUUUUCGUGCUUGUCCUGUUUUGCGGAGUGCAAUCUGGAGAUCCAGAAACCAUUCUUGACACUGCAAAUACUCCUGAUAUUUUAAGUGAUGGUUUAGUUGAAAAGCUCACGGAAGCUGGAGAUCUUUCUGAUUCUGACAGCUCUUCUCAAGUUGUGGAGGACCCACUUCAGACAGACACAGAAGACGUCAAUGAUUCAAAUCUGUCUGACAAUUCGACACUAAGCCCUAAAAAUGUUACCCAAGUAUUUAUCAACUGCUCAAGGUCUGAAAACAUAUCUCAUGAAGUUGAGAUUGUUAAUUCUACUCGCCUAUUAAAUUUGCUUGUGGUGAACCCUAAUAUAACAAGAGCCAUAACAGCAGAUUGCCUUGGAGUUUACUUUUUUGCAAGAUGGUGUCCAUUCAGCACAAUGGCUGCACCUCAUCUCAAUGCUCUUCCGAGAGCAUUUCCGAACUUAAGAAUAGUUGCAGUAGAUGCAAUGAAGUAUCAUAUGUUCAACACUCAAUAUGGAGUUGUUGGAGUUCCCACCUUUAUUUUAUUCCACAAUGGAAGACCAGCUGUGAAAUUUAAUGAGACUGAUUAUACAUUAGAAAGAUUCUCUACAUUCAUAACUAAGUUUACAACAAUACCCGCUUUGGAGAAGAUAUCUGUUACUUCUGCGGACUUUAAUGGCCCUGUGCCUAGUGUUGUGGUGAAGGAACCAGAUUUCUUCUUGUGGCUCUCCUGGGGUUUUUUGGCUGGAUCAGCUCUAGUUUUCUUUGCCAAAUCGUCAUGGUAUAGAAAAAUGAUAGAAGUUGUAAAGGUUACUUGGAGAGAAAGUGAAGCACAACAUGAUCAUAUGGAUUAAUAUGUAGUAUUUAUUUAUAUCAAUUGUUGUCACAUUAGCUUCUUGUCUCACUCCAUGAAUGUAUUUCCUAUUACUCCAAUUAAAAGAAAACAAACUAGGAGGGAUACUUGUUUCAUGAUACAACUUUUCUUUUUUGCCAAAGUUAAAUGAAAGGAAUAUUAUCAAAGUUGAUAUUGGACACCUGAGGUUUCACUCAAAUACUUAUGUAUUUCUUUUGGUAGUGCGGUCUACAAUUCAUUUGGUUUUUUCUAGUGUGCUACAUGCUACAAAUUGUUAUAAUCAUUCUCACAGUUCAAACUUCUGACGAUUACAAUGCACAGUGUGAUGAUUUGAGCAUAUAAAAUUGUGAAGGAGAAUGGUAAUGUGAACAA